UUGAGAUAGGAGGUUUACCAUAUAAAGAAGCAAGGACUCGUAGAUAGAUCACUGAUCAUGGAGAUCCUUGUGUCCAUGCAAUGCUUGGGCUUGGCUAUGGGAGUUCUGCUCCUAUUCUUGCUUUCCGGAGCCGUCUGCAUCUUCUGGCUCUUGCCGGCCGUCAAGUGGCGCCGGCUCAGGAAGAGCGGCCUUGCUGGCCCUCCUCCACUCUUCCCCUUGGGGAACCUGGUGGAGAUGAGCAAGAAGGGAGGAGAGACAUCAUCUCCAGGCUCGUCGAGCAUCGCACAUGAUAUCCACUCUCGCGUACUCCCUUACUUCUCCCGAUGGAGAGAAGCUUACGGGAAGGUCUUCGUUUACUGGCUUGGAACAGAGCCGUUCUUGUACGUUGCUGAUCCUGAGUUCCUCAAGAGGGUGACUUCCGGCGCCAUGGACAAGAAGUGGGGGAAGCCAGAUGUGUUCAAGCACGAUAGGAAGCCAAUGUUUGGGAAAGGACUGGUGAUGGUUGAUGGCGAUGAAUGGACUCACCACAGGCAUAUAAUUACACCAGCAUUCUCCAUGACAAAUCUGAAGGCCAUGGUGAGUGUGAUGGAAGAGACGACCAAGAAGAUGCUGACGGAGUGGAGCGAGCGGCUCGCCCGCGGCCAACGUGAGAUAGAUGUGGAGAAGGAUGUGACCAAGAAUGCGGCAGAAAUCAUAGCCAAGACCAGCUUCGGCAUCGGCGAGGGGAAUGGCGAGAAGGUGUUCGGGAAGCUGCAGCUCAUGCAGAAGAUGCUGUUCCAGACGAACCGGCCGGUGGGUGUCCCUUUCGGCAACCUGAUGUUCGCUAAGAGAUCGUACGGGGCAUGGAAGCUUGGGAAGGAGAUCGACCAGCUUCUCUACGCCGUCAUCAGCUCGAGGAAAGAGGAGGAGGGCGAUGGCAAGACGACGCCGAAGCAGGACCUCCUGGGGCUCCUCCUCGCGGGGAACCGGGAGAACGCGCAGGGUGGGGGGAGGAAGCUGACGGCUCGAGAGCUUGUGGACGAGUGCAAGACGUUCUUCUUCGGCGGCCAUGAGACCACUGCGAUUGCGCUCUCGUGGGCCUUGUUCUUGCUGGCUCUGCACCCCGAAUGGCAAUCAGCUCUCAGGGAGGAAGUCGUGCAAGUCUCCGGAGGAAGGCCUCUCGACUCCACCAUGCUCUCAAAACUGACCAAGAUGGGGUGGGUGUGGAACGAGGUGCUGCGACUGUACCCGCCGUCUCCCAACGCCCAAAGACAGGCGAAAGACGACAUCAAAGUAGGGGACACCAUGGUCAUCCCCAAGGGCACCAACAUGUGGAUCGACCUCGUGGGUAUGCACCACGACCCGGCUCUCUGGGGCGACGACGUGAACGAGUUCAACCCGGAGCGCUUCAGGGAGGAUCUCCACGGCGGGUGCAGGCACCGGAUGGGCUUCCUGCCCUUCGGCCUCGGGGAGCGGAUCUGCGUGGGGAGAAACCUCACCGCCAUGGAGUUCAAGAUCGUGCUCAGCCUCAUCCUCCGCAGCUUCUCCUGGUCUCUCUCGCCAGCCUACGCCCACUCGCCCAAGAUCAUGCUGACGCUGAGGCCUUCCCAUGGCGUUCAUCUCAUCCUUCACCCAUUUCCAUGAUGGAGGAGUUCAUGUCCGUGUAAACCUAAGUGUGUGAUUCACAUAUGGUUACCUUCUCUUGUUGAGUGAACUAAAAGAAGUCUAUAGGUCAGUAAUUAUAAUAAUUA